AUGAACAGUCUUGAUUUUGGAAAAUACCCUAAAGCGUUGAAGAUUAUGGCUAGUGACGUUGACUUGAUUGAAAAUAUAACAUUUGCUGAGCUAACUGAUCUCGUCAUUGUGAGUACUGGAGGUCAAGAUCCGCGUGAAUCCAGUGAAUUGAGCACAAUACGAAACAUUGAGUUGCCUAAGUUGAAAAAUAUAAUCAUACGUGGCGUUUCAUAUUUGAUAAACAUCAAAUCAAGCAGUGAUGUUGAACGUUUCCAUCUUUCUAAUUCAGUUGAGGAAACGACUCACCUUCAGACUCUUCACUUUCCAUAUCUGAAGUUUUUGGUUAUCAAUGGCACUCAUAUUAUUGGCCUUAAUAGCCUGUACGCUCCUGAUUGUCAUAGACUAACAGUUAAUGAUUUUGAAAUUUUUGAUGAAAGGAGUCAUAUUUUGAACCAAAUUAACCAUCUGACUUGCUACAGCUCAAGAACAGCUCUGGAAAGAAUAGAUUCAAAUGAAUUGGUAUGUUUAGAGGUGGGUCAAUUGACGAAAGAAGACUUACAACUUAUCACUUCUAUGGAUUUCCCUAAGCUCUCAAAACUGAUGAUAGAUUUUGGGGAGCAUAAUAUGGAUGAUAUGGGAUGCUCGAUAAGCUUUGCACCAAUGCUUACAGACGUGGAGCUACUAUACUCAACUGGAUUAGGAUUCUUGAGAAAUACGUGGUCUACUUUGAAAAAUUUGAAAUUGGAACUGUGUGGGUCAUGGAGUCUUUAUGACGCAACCUUGGACAAUUUAGAAACUUUUGAGCUACAAGUUGGUGAAUCUUCAGACUUUGUUGAAAUAUCAAAUUGUCAUUUUCCAAAAUUAAUCACACUUGCAGUAUGUAGUGAUUGGUUUGGUGGACAGACUGAAGGUGUGUUUGAAAAUAUCAAAGCCCCACUUCUUAAAAGUAUCGUCUAUGAAAUGAGUGUUGAUACUCUAGAUCUAACAAUGAGCUGCUCAAAUCUGAAAAGUGUCGAUAUUCAGAACGUUUCUUGCUUAGUUUUGGGAAAGAAUCAGAGUUUAAAGGAAUUUACCUCUAGAGAUAACUAUUUGAAAAGACACUUACAAGGUUUUGCUACUAUUGUGUCAGAUAUUGAUUAUGAUCCUAGCUUGUUUCCAAAAUAUUGUGACUACAUCAAUAUUCACAGGUUUUCCCCUGAGCUUGUGAGGUCUGAGGUUGUGUUUUUCGUUAUUCAGGAUUUGGCAAACCCUUCAUUGGUUAAUAAAAUUAGCCAAAUUCAAACCACACCAACUUCAUUCAUACUUCACAAUAACUAUAUCCACGUCCUUAAUUGUCCUGAUGACGACAGGUUUGGUUGGGGUGAUGAUGCUGAUCUUGAAAUGACUGCUAAAGAAGCAUAUGAUUUUUAUUACCCAUUGUCAGGAGAGUGGGAGUCUAUAUUGGAAAACUCAACGGAAUUGUUGCAACUUGCACAUUCUCAAAAGUUUUUGAAAUCAGUUGAAUUUCCAUACAUCAAAAGACUUACACUUGAUAAGGUGGAUAUUAAUUCAGUUAAAUUAAAGACACCAUCCCUCAAAGAACUCACAUUACGCAAUUGCACCAGUACUGAUGAAUCACCUCAAUUUACGUUUCCUUUGCUGUCUAAUCUUGAUCUGGAAGGAGCUUCCAAAUGUCUCAUUGAAAAGCUCGAUUUUGGGGCUUAUCCAGAUGAAAAAUUGAGUAUCGUUUAUGGAGAAAUUAGCUUGAUGAGAAACUUAACCAUAGGAAAAGCAAAAACCGUUUCAAUCACUGUUGACAGUGAUAUUUUCAUGAGGGAGUGGACCUCUUUCAUGGAUAUCAGCCUUCCCAAUUGUAUGCAGCUUUAUUUGGAUGGAUUUCAAAACAUCAAGUCUAUUUCCGCACCAUUGCUAUCUUUAUUGUCAAUUCAGCAUAUUAACGACAGGGAGUUUCACUUGAAUAACUUUGCUGCUAAACAUUUAGAAUCAUUGAUUUUGAGAAAUUUGAUGAUUGCUCAUUUUUCUGACGCUGAUUUUCAAAAGCUUGAAUACUUGGAUAUUUUUGAAUGCACUAUGGGAUCUGUUACAGGAUGUUUUCCCCGUGCUGAAACAGUUCGAGUAUCUUCUUGUUUUUUGGAUGAUUGCUUUAAAAACUUGGAUACACAAAAUUUAACUAUCUUCGAAAUCAGUCGUUGUGAGUUUAACACGGGAGACAACACUACGGUUUUACCACCUGCUUUAUUCCCAAGUUUGAAGAUUCUGUGUAUCGUUCAGUUUCCAAAAGAUGGACACUUGAAUAUACAGGCACCAAACCUCGAGGAACUAUGUCUACAAGAUCCACUAUGCCCAAUUGAACAAUUGUGUAACAAAUUUCCAAAGUUGCAAGCUCUAUCAAUUGCGGCUAAUUCGAGCACUAUCAUGAGGAAUGUUACAAUUCAUGGAAUCAAAAAGGUUGAGCUACUUUCCAGUGCUCUAGAUCCUACAUUCCAGUUAGUUGACUGUUCUUUUCCAACCUUGGAGCAGUUUAAGGCUAUAGGGCCAGCUGGAAGCUUCAUCAUUGAACCAUGUGAGGAUAUACUGGAUUUCAGAGCACCAAAUUUGAAAAGUUACAAAGGUAAUAAUUUAAGAAUUGACAAGCUGGAUCUUUCAAAAUUUCCCCAGCUCCGUGAACUUGAAAUUGGGGGAGUUAUAGAACUAACUUUGGGCGAAGUUUCCCAAAACUUGGUUGAGUUUACGCUGAAUGGUGUUUCAUUAAAGGAAUUGCAAUAUUCAAAAGAUCCUGAAAAUAUUGUCAACUUCGAUAGACCAGCUAUGUACCCAACUGAUCUUGAACCUAUUCUUGUCAAGUUUGAAGAUUAUGCAAGUGCCAACAAGAGAUCUUAA